UCAGAAAAGGAUAGAUGUGUGCAACAAAAAAACAAAUGAGGCAAGAUUCGAAGCUGCUUCAGAUGCAGAAAUGGAUUUGCUUCAACAAGAGUUGGAAGAGGAAUUUCAAAGAGAACGUUUGCUCCAGGAGGAACUUAGAGUUGUUACCAAUGAAAUUAGUGAUCUAGAAAAUCAAAGGGCUUCUGUUGAAGAAAGAAGGGAGAUUCCGAGAAAGCUUGAGCAAGAUGAGAUGAGGGCACAGAUGAAGCUUUCAAUGUAUGCUUCUGUCACAAAUAUAAUUCCAAACCAGCAUGAAAAUUACAAAGUAUCGAGGCAUAUCGUGAAAAGAGACAGAAAGGCGGUUGAGAAGUUUGAAUUUGACCCUUCAGAAGCGACUGCUUUUGAUACAUACAACGACAUUUGGAACAUGAUAAGCUUGUGAUAAAAUUCGAACGUUCUUCCAUUUCCAAGGCAAUAUGUAAUCCAAUUUAUGAGUAUAUUUAUAUCCGUUGGCUUAUAGUUAUGUUGAAACUCAAAACUUUUUUAGCAUUGUGAAUCUUUAAUCUUGUCAAUUUGUAAUUUUUGUUGACUUAAUUCCAAGUUUGUUAGUUUUGACGCAAGUUA